GGGAUACGAAAACUGCGUUUUGUAGCUGUUGAGAGCUAAAGCAAACAAACACAUAGCUCUCUCUCUCUCUCUCUUGACCGCUUUGCCCCUUCUUUCUUAUUCUCUCCAAUCUCCAUAGACAUCAAUUCCUUUUGUUUUGACUAAAAUUCUCUCUGCUUUUUUUCCUUCUAAGUGAAUCUUAUUUCUUCUCUAUACACCAAAAUCGCCUUCUUUCGGAACUCUCUAAGUGUUGUAGCGUUUCUGUCGUAAUCUGAUCAAGUUGUUUUUUUCGGGGGAUGAGUUCAUUAGAUUCCGUCAAAGUUAUGGAGGAUUGGCAAUCUAAUGAGACUGACAAGCAGAAGAAGAGGAAGAAGAAGAAGAAGAAGAAUGUGAGAAACAAGAGUAGUGAUGGCGAAGAAGAAGAAGAAAAUGGGGGAUGUUGGAUCAAAUUAAGAGUCAUGCUUUGUUGUGUAGCUUCAACAUCAGACUUUGAUUCCCCUCUCAGCGCCUCUACAACCUCUCUGGGAAGUAAGUCUCCAAUUCUGAAAUCAAAUGAUCAACCUGCUGGUCCUGUUUCUUCUUCUACAACGACUAGCUAUGCUGAAAGCUCUCUGUCCACUCCAAUGAUUAGUGAAGAACUCAACAUCUAUUCUCACCUCAAGAAGUUUUCUUUCAUUGAUCUCAAGCUGGCAACUAGAAACUUCAGACCCGAAAGUCUUCUUGGUGAAGGUGGGUUUGGUUGUGUCUUUAAAGGAUGGGUCGAGGAGAACGGCACUGCUCCUGUUAAGCCUGGCACUGGUCUUACUGUCGCCGUCAAAACCUUAAAUCCUGAUGGCCUCCAGGGUCAUAAAGAGUGGCUUGCUGAGAUUAACUAUCUGGGUAAUCUUCUCCAUCCCAAUCUUGUUAAACUGGUGGGCUAUUGUAUCGAAGAUGAUCAACGGCUCCUGGUGUAUGAGUUUAUGCCUCGUGGAAGUUUGGAGAAUCACCUUUUCAGAAGGUCGUUGCCUCUUCCAUGGUCAAUUCGGAUGAGGAUUGCAUUAGGUGCUGCAAAGGGUCUCAGUUUCCUUCACGAAGAAGCUCUAAAGCCAGUUAUAUAUCGGGAUUUCAAAACCUCCAACAUCUUACUAGAUUCAGACUACAAUGCGAAACUAUCAGAUUUUGGGCUUGCCAAAGAUGCUCCUGAUGAAGGCAAAACCCAUGUCUCUACUCGAGUCAUGGGCACUUAUGGUUACGCUGCUCCUGAGUAUGUUAUGACUGGUCACUUGACAUCAAAGAGCGAUGUUUAUAGUUUCGGUGUGGUUCUACUCGAAAUGCUUACUGGCAGAAGAUCUAUGGACAAAAACCGACCAAACGGGGAACACAACCUCGUGGAAUGGGCAAGACCGCAUCUCCUUGACAGGAGAAGAUUCUACAGGCUACUUGAUCCGAGGCUGGAGGGUCAUUUCUCCAUCAAAGGAGCUCAAAAAGUGACUCAGCUUGCAGCUCAAUGCCUUAGCCGUGACUCCAAGAUCAGACCCAAAAUGAGUGAAGUGGUAGAGGUCCUUAAGCCACUCCCACAUCUAAAAGACAUGGCUAGCUCUUCUUACUACUUCCAAACAAUGCAAGCCGAGAGAUUGAAAGCUGGGUCAGGGUCGGGUCGUGGGUUCGGAUCAAGAAACGGGCAACCUGUGUUAAGGACUCAGUCUAGUCCUCAUGGCCAAGCUGGUUCUUCACCUUAUCGUCAUCAGAUUCCGUCUCCUAUGCCCAAAGGUACAACUACAUAAGAUUUUGGUCCUGGAAGCUAUCUCAUUUCCUUAAGGGGCUCUUUCUUGUAUCGCAAGAAAACGUCUAUUCUAUUGUUAACCGAUUUAGAGAAAGGGCCAGUUGUGGUGUAUGAUUGAUCUGGAAGUCGUGGACUUACCUUUUGUAACCUCGUGUUUCUUUGUCUAUCGUAUUCUUUAACCGCGUAAUAUUAUUACCACCACUCGCUAUUAGUCGUUUAGCACACACUAUACAAACUAACCACUAUGUGUCAUAACUUAUAAGUGAUAA